CUUCCGCCCUGGACACGUUCAUUGCGAACACCGUCCAGCAGAACUCAUCUCCCUCGAACCCCGCAACCGGCUCCCCCGUCUCGGGUCCGUCGGCCACUGCACAGCUACAAACCGCCGUGGCGAACAUGACCCUCCCGGAGAGUCCCGCGUCGCAGCAUCAACAGGCGCAGGUCCCUACACACCAGGCUCCCGCGGUCGCGUCACCAUCGUCGGCUCCGUCGGGUGGUUCGAAAAGCGACGAAAAUUUGACAUGCCAGUGGACGAAUUGCAGCGAAAAGUUCGACACCGCGGAGGAUCUAUACAACCAUCUUUGUGAUAUCCACGUUGGAAGAAAGAGCACCAACAAUCUCUGCUUGACUUGUGCGUGGGGCGCAUGUAGGACUACCACAGUAAAGCGCGACCACAUCACAUCGCACAUUCGUGUGCAUGUACCAUUGAAGCCGCACAAAUGCGAGUUUUGUGGGAAGGCGUUUAAGAGGCCUCAAGAUCUUAAGAAGCACGUGAAGACGCACGCGGACGAUUCCGUCCUUCUACGCAGUCCCGAGCCCGACGGGACCGGAAGACGUCAAUCUGGAGUUACGGGAAACAUGCACGGACAGUACGCCACGGGUGUUGGUAUGCAACCAUUAGCUGCCACUGCUGCACAAGCAUACUACGGCCUUGGAAGCUACUACCCCAACAAUGCGCCUCAGAGCAGUGGUGGUGUCUACUACUACCCUCAUUCCUCGCAGACUGGCCAGGAAGUCAUCGCCCAAGCUGCACAGGCGGCCGCCGCUCAAGCACAAGCUGCACAGGCUGCACAGGCUGCCCAACAGCAACAUCAACAUCACCAGGAACAACAGGGCGCUAAGAAACGGUCAUUCGACGGAGUGGAUCAGUUCUUUGAGGAUGCGAAACGUCACAAGAUCCAGCCUGUCUACGAUGGCGCGAUGGCUCAGCGCCUUACGGCUCUGCAGUUUUCUGCUCCCUCCACCACUGGUGAGGGUAUCGACUUCAGUGGUUCUGCCACCGUCACCGCUCCCGCUAGCAAUGGAGGUCCUCAGACAUACACUCUCCCAUCGUUACGCACCAAGCAAGACCUGAUCGAUGCGGAUCACUUCUUGACACAGCUCUCCGCGAAUGUGUACGACAGCUCUGGUCAGCAAUUCCAAUUCCGCGCCCAGGCCAGUCAAUCGCCACACACGCCGAACGGCCAGGGACCUCAGUCAAAUCAACAGCAUGACGGAGCUCCCCCGGCGCCUAUGGGCCAGCAGAACUCGGGAACGGCUGCACUGACACCGCCCCAGUCGAACUAUACGACUUCGCACUCGCCCGUUAACCAAUCGCCGCAGCAAGUCUCCCCCCAGACUUCCACUGCAUCGAUGUACCCGAGUUUGCCGACUGCCGUCUCGAGCGGUGAAGUCGGUGGAGGAUACUCGGCGCCGGUUUCGUCGGCUCCCGCAUCGUCGCUCGGCACCAAUUUCGAGUCCAAUGAGGCUCGUCGUUACCCUGUUGGCGUGUUGCGGAAGGCAAAGGAAGUUGGAAUAGAGUUCGAGGACGCGAAGGAUGAGCUCAGCGAUUCGAUGAUUGACCCGUCCCUUGGUGCUCUUGCUGAGGACCAAGCCGAGAAGACUUCGCAUUCAGAGAUCAUCAACAACCUGAGAAGCUACAUUAAGGAGUUACUGCAGAAGGAGGAUGAGCGCGAAAAGCACGGCGACGACGAGUUGCAGAUCAAGGCUGAAGCAAUGGCUGCUGAGGCAGCCGAGGAGGAGGACCAUACGAUGGGCGACGCCCCGGAUGCGGAACAGACUGAGGGCGAUAACAAACCGACCGAGGAGCAGACUGAGGAGCAGACGGAUGCCCAAGCACUGUACCCCAUCCUCAAGGCUGUUGCCGCCUGUUAGCCCUGGUGGAAAACAAAAAAGCGAGGUGUUACGACGGGAGGUGGCAUUUUAGUUCUAUUGGGUCUCAUUUCUUCCUUCUUUUCUUUACAAAGCCUGCUCGAC